AUGUUUGUGGAAACCGAUCGCCAAAUAGGUAUUACUCCUCCGAGGAUAUGCACGCACAUUGUGGCCGAGUAUCAGAAUGAUGAUGGUCAUACACCGUCCCGUGCUGUGAGCCAAACACCAGUCACUCCCAGUCCCCACCCGAAUCUGUACGCAGACGUUUUGGCUGCAAAACAAGACGGCAAGUGUCUGGUACAUCCACGCUGGUUAACUGCUUGUCUGAGCGCUAUGCGUCGUUUACCCGAAAGUGAUUUCCUACCCGGUACACAGAGUCAGCUCCCGACAAACCAUCCGCGAACGGAAGAGCGUAGUCCAUCCGCGGAACCUGCAUGCAAAAUCCCACGAACUGCCUCCUCAAAUCUGCUCGGUGAUGUGAAUCGACGACUUGAGUUAGUGCUUGGUGGAACAAACAAGGGAAUUGAUUACAAUCAAGACACCGACGCUUUGGCAGAUGCACCAGUUGCACCCUCGAAAGCCGACGUCCCAAAUGACGGGUCAAGAGCGAAACACACUCCUCCAAGGGAUGGAUUAGAGCUGGACGGGGAGCAUGCAGUCACAGUAUCCUUUCUGGGUGAGACAAAUGGAUCAGGUCCGAGACGACUGCGACGAAAUGCUAGACGGAUUGUUUACGGUCCUGCUCUGCCGAACGGUACUGGCACACCAAUUGCCAAUGCCAACCGAGGUGCUCAUCCGGAAGAUUUGCAAAGUGGUGAUGCGGUCGUGGAUAGAGCUCAACCCGGCCAGUCGCUAAUGGUCCGGUGGCAAUACGAGGAUGCUCCGCCGCGUUCUCCAAUUGACGGUUCCAAUGCCAGCUCAGAUUUGAUGACCAAUCACCGCAGCGUACGUUCUCCCACACCCACUAAUCCAGGUCAGGGAAUUGUCGGGAUUGAUCAUCUAGCCUCACGGGAUGGCUCACGUCGUGAUCUACCACCAGUCCUGGAAUCGAAUUCGACCGAGCUGAGCUCGACCACCACCACCACCACAUCCAUGCAACCACCAGCUGCGAACACCAAUCCUCGUGGCACAUCGGUUGGGACUACUGUAAACGGGAAAUCAGGCGAGUUGAACGAAGAACGACCAACAAAACAACCGGUUAUCUCGUUCAGUGGUCUCGCUGCAGACGAACGCGAUCAGUAUGCGGCCAUAGUGACCGAGUUGGGUGGUGAGGUGGACAAUCAGCUCACACUGAGCGAGAAAACCACGCAUCUGAUUGUACACACACCGAGUGAGUUCUCGAUUCCGUUUUUUCGGUUCGAAUAA